AUGUCAUUGUCUACAUUUCAUGAGAGAAAAGAAAAAGUCAUCUCUGAGCUCGUCGAGGAGAUGAAUCCCAAUAGGUCAGACAAGUCCCCUAAAGGGUACAUCGAUGCGCCAAUUUUGGAUCUCAUGCGGCUUAUCAAUCAGCACUCCCAGUUUUACACAACAAGCAGUUGUUCUGGCCGAGUUGCAGUCUACUGCGAAGGCGUAGACGAGAAGAAGAAGACCUCAGCGGCCGAAGCCGAAGCCUCCAAAUCCACAAAAGGAGGAAAAUGGCUCUAUGUCACCCAUGAUCCGGUUUUGAUACCCGACAACCUUCAUGACAAGGAAAAGUGGAUGUUGCAAUUGUUGUUUGGAGACUCGUACGCAGAUUUGACUAUGGAACCCAUUGAGGACGACCAAGCCAUUAUAAAUCAGCAGCUUGUUUUCUUCAAGUUUGAACCUUUGAUAUUGCAUGUGGAAGCUGAAACGGCUGAAGCGGCACACGAACUGCUUGGUUUGGCAAACGUGAUUGGGUACCAGAACAGUGGCAUAACGCCAUCCAAAACUCGACACAUGCUCGCCAUUCGAAGCACGCAUAAACUCGACGUUCCCGUCGCGGCUGUCAACCCAGUCACUCAGAAAAUCCAUCUACUCGUCAAUACGGCGUACCUUUAUGUUCUUUUCCGUCUGUCUAAUCAAAAGUUCAAUCAGAAUAUUGAUCGCAUGAAGAAAUUCGAACAGGCUGUCCAGUCACAACUAUUGACCAAAGAUCAGUUAGAAACGAAAGAACAACGUCGAGAGCGUAAACGACGAGACGGCCUAGAACGACAGAAGGCCGCAGUAGGUGAAUCACAAGAAGAAAAUGAUAGAGAUGCACGAGAGCGGGGUAGAAUGAUGAUGGAUAUGUACGAAGACCUUGAAAUCUUUUGA